GUUUAUUGUACGUACACCACCAAAAGCCCUGAUGAGAAGAGUCCUCUGUAGAUCUCCUUCGCCUAUCUCUGCAAUUCUACACUUGUCUCAAACUCCUCUUCACUGCAACAAUGGUGGGUCUUUGCCAAAGUUGGGUCCUACUCCCAGCUUCACCUCAACUUUCAGGUGGGUUUUCAUGUGCAAUUCUCUUCCUCCUCCAGAAUGGAUAGACCCCUUCAUUGACCUGUCUGAUGUAGCCUCAAGAAACUAUCAAGACCUUAAGCCCUCUCCGUGGGUCCACCAAAUCAUUAGUCUCUUAGAUGGGUCUUCGAAUAUGGAAUCCAAUCUGGAUUUUUUUUGCCACAAGUUCUUGAUCAAGUUGUCGCCAAGUUUUGUCUCGUUUGUUUUGAGGUCGACGGAGGUACAGGGAAAUCCUGAUGUUGCUUGGAGGUUCUUCAUAUGGGCUGGUAAGCAAAAGAAGUACACUCAUAACCUUGAAGCUUAUGUUUCUUUGAUCGACGCUUUCGCUGCGCAUGGUUAUUUGGAUAGAGUUAAGUUUGUAUUUAGUAUGUUCAGAGAAACAGGGUUCUUAAUGACUGUUCACCCGUCGAAUUCUUUGAUUAAGAGCUUUGGGAGUUUAGGGAUGGUAGAGGAGCUAUUAUGGGUGUGGCGUAAAAUGAAGGAAAAUGGGAUUGAACCAAGUUUAUUCACUUAUAACUUUUUGGUUAAUGGUUUGAUUAAUUCCAAGUUUAUUGAAUCCGCUGAACGGGUUUUUGAGGUUAUGGAGAAUGGAAAAAUUGGGCCAGAUGUUGUUACAUAUAAUACAAUGAUUAAAGGGUACUGUGAGGUGGGGAAAACCCAGAAAGCUUUUAAGAAACUAAGAGCUAUGGAGCUAAGAAAUGUGGCACCUGAUAAGAUUACUUAUAUGACUUUGAUUCAGGCCUGUUAUGCAGAGGGAAAUUUUGAUUCGUGUUUAGGUCUAUAUCAUGAAAUGGAUGAGAAGUGCUUGGAAAUUCCAUCACAUGUGUUUAGUUUAGUGAUUGGAGGACUAUGUAAAGAGGGCAAACAUGUAGAAGGAUAUGCUAUUUUUGAAAAUAUGAUUGAGAAGGGAUGCAAAGCAAAUGUGGCAAUGUAUACAGCUCUGAUCGAUUCAAAUGCAAAAUGUGGUAAUAUGAGAGAAGCUAUGUUGCUUUUUGAGAGGAUGAAAAAAGAAGGGCUUGAACCAGAUGAAGUUACUUAUGGGGUCAUUGUUAAUGGCUUGUGUAAGAGUGGGAGAGUGGAUGAGGCUAUGGACUAUAUGGAGUUUUGCGGAGGCAAUGGUGUAGCAGUCAAUGCCAUGUUUUAUUCUAGUCUCAUUGAUGGUUUAGGGAAGCUUGGGAGAGUGGAUGAAGCUGAGAAACUUUUUGAAGAGAUGGUCCGGAAAGGAUGCCCUCCAGAUUCAUAUUGUUAUAAUGCGCUUAUUGAUGCCCUUGCUAAGUGUGGCAAGAUUGAUGAAGCAUUAGCAGUCCUUAAGAGAAUGGAAGUGGAAGGCUGUGAUCAUACAGUUUACACGUUCACAAUAAUCAUAAGUGGGUUAUUCAGAGAACACAGAAAUGAAGAGGCGUUGAAGAUGUGGGAUGUAAUGAUUGAUAAGGGUAUCACACCAACUGCCGCUGCUUUCAGGGCUCUAUCAAUUGGGCUCUGUUUAUCUGGUAAGGUGGCCAGAGCUUGUAAGAUUUUGGAUGAGCUGGCACCGAUGGGUGUUAUUCCUGAGACAGCUUUUGAGGAUAUGCUCAAUAUUCUGUGCAAAGCUGGCCGUGUGAAGGAGGCUUGCAAGUUGGCUGAUGGGAUCGUUGAUAGGGGCAGAGAAAUACCAGGAAGAGUUCGCACUGUUCUAAUCAAUGCCUUGAGGAAAGCAGGCAAUGAGGACUUGGCCUUGAAGUUGAUGCACAGUAAGAUAGGCAUUGGGUAUGAUAGAAUGGGUAGUGUUAAGAGGAGAGUAAAGUUUCGGAUUCUUCUUGAAAGUUGAUCUUCAGCCAUAUUUCCAUACAACAACAGGCAUGCCUCUCCUUGUGAUUGGAUUUAGGGACCUACAAAUAUUGCAACACACAAUUUGGUUGCAAUGUCCUGCAGCAAUAAACUUCCAAAGCUAGCUCUACCUAAAUGGCGGAUUGUGCAUGAUUGAUUUCAAGCCAGUCAACAUUAACUCUCUUGCUACAUUCA